AUGUUUGUAACUGCUGCCACGACUUUGCUCGCUCUCAUCGCAGGGGGAGUUUUUGCCGCUGAUGAACCUAAGCUAAUUAUGUACGACAACUCUAACCAAGGAGGAACUGCCGUUACAAUUAUUGGCCCAAUUGAUAACUUGAUUGAUAUAAAUUUCAACGAUAGGACCGGCAGCGUUUGGGCAGUCACUGGAGAUUGGGAACUUUACAGAGAGACCGCAUACAGGGGUGAUAGGUUCUUCGUGGAGGAAGGUCAGAAGCUAAACGCAAGAAACAGCAACAGUUAUUCCUCAGCAAGACCUAUAAAUUGCCGCUACAUCUCCGAUCCUACGACAGCCAAAUUACGUGUCUCUACAAGUUCCCAUCUUCCGUAUGGAACGACGGAGUACCUGACCCCACAGAAAGAUUUAGGAGCAAAUAUGAGAAAUAAGAUAACUUCUGUGGUUGCCGACAAAGGAGACUGGGAGAUGUAUGAGUGGACAGGCUACCAAGGUACCAGAUUAGUGAUAAAAGAAGGAGAAACUAUUGACCACCUUGAUGGAUGGAGUAACAAGGUCAGUUCUCUGAGACCAAUCUGUGAGACAUACAAAGGAAAGUCAAAGUGCGCACUGUCAAAAAUCGAAGUAUUGGACAAGGAAGGAGACUUAGAGCCCAAGUACACUGGAACCGAAAUCAUCGGCUCUCAAUCCAGUGGAUCCUGUUACGGCGCGGAGCAGCCUCCCACGAAAUCUCAAUCACACAGAUAA